AGCUAAACCUUCACAGACACAUUCUGGGGACACCAGAGACUUAUAUAACAUAUUGUAAAAUGGGGCAUAAUAUGUCUCCUUUAAUGUAAAUAAGCGUGUAAACAAUAUACUUGCUCUUGUGAAUUUAUUUAGAUGUUAAUUACAUUGUGCAAGCUGUCUCUUUAAUACCACAUGAUUUAUAUAGGCUACAUGUUGCUGCUGAUUGGGCUGACAUUUCUGACAUACCCACCAAACGAGAAAACGUAUCUCAAACCCUGUUGCAUACUGUCUCCAGGAAACAUGUCGUUUAAACCGGAAACCAUAGCAAAAUCUUACACAUCAGUUUCAGCUUGAACUUGCCCCAGGCUUUUGCUUCUUUCUCUUUCAAAACAGGCUUUUUUCGCAGAAGAUCCUUUCAUGAACAAAAUGUUUUUAUUUUGAGAUUUUCAAACAGUUGAUCUUUUACUGCUUCAUUUCAUGUUUUGUGCAUUCUCUGCAGUAUGGCCAGGAGACGAAAAGGUCGAAGAGACGAGACUGAAAUGAGUUUUCUUAUGAACAAUGAUGCAUUGACAGAUGAAGCUGGCUGCUCCAGAGGAUCCAAUGAUCAGCUGAGGUUUAUGGUGCUUGGAGGUGAUGAUGCUCUUAUGGAUAAAGCAUGUGCCACAAUCCUGGGAGAAAAAGAGAACAGGGAUGCAUUUAAAUUUGGAAUAUUGAAGCCUAAAACAGCUCAUGUUUUUGGACGAGAGAUUUCAGUAUUUAAAACUCCAUCACAUUGGCUGGAACACUUGAAAUCAUACCACAUUCUCAACAUUGGAGUCAAAACUCUGAAAAAUGAACUGCAGUACUUUGAAUUGCUGUUGUUUCCAGGACCUCACGCCUUUCUGUUAGUACAUAGAGAUGUGAAAAACUCUGGUAGAGAGUAUUAUCUUUUACAAGCUCUCAGUGAUGUGUUUGGCGAGGAGGUCUUGGACUACUGCAUGGUAAUAUUCAUAGAUGAGGCUAGGAACAAUGAUCCAAAAAAGAACACCUGUCUGAAGAUGUGUGGAGGCAGACACCAUAUCUUACACAACACUGACGAAAGUGUUAAUAAGUUAUUUAAAAAACAAGAGGCAAUGACUCAGUGGAAAAGCAGCAAUUUUUUCACAAAUAAUUGGGAUUUUUUCAGAAAAACUGAAAAGUAUUUUGAAGCAGAGUAUAAGAAAAAGGAGAACAAACUGAGGAUAGAAUUGGCAGAAAAUAAACAAAUAGUUGAAAAUCAGAAGAAGGAAAUUGAUGAUAUGAAAGAACUAGAUGAAAAGAAAGAUGCAAGAAUCAAAGAUGAGGAAAAUAAACUGGCUGAGUCAAAAGACAGAGAAAAAAAGCUACAGAGUGAGUUGGAUGCCCUCAAAAGCAGUGAAAACCAGAAGGAGGAGAAGCUAAAACAAGAGAUGACCAUUCUCGAAGACACCGAAAAACAGCUACGCAGCGAGUUGGAUGCUCUCAAAGACAGUGAAAACCAGAAGGAGGAGGAAUUACAGAAGCUUAAAAAAGAGCUGACCAUUUACACACAAGAAAAAAAUGAGUUGAGCAGCGAGUUGGCUGCUCUCAAAAGUAGUGAAAACCAGAAGGAGGAGAUCUUACAAAAGCUAAAACAAGAGCUGACCAUUUACACCCAAAAAAACAAUGAGUUGAGCAGUGAGUUGGUUGCUCUCAAAAGCAGUGAAAACCAGAAGGAGGAGAUCUUACAAAAGCUAAAACAAGAGCUGACCAUUUACACACAAAAAAACAAUGAGUUGAGCAGUGAGUUGGAUGCUCUCAAAAGCAUUGAAUCCCAGAUGAAGGAGAUGCUAAAACAAGAGAUGAUCAGUCACAAAGACCAAGAAAAACAGCUACACAGUGAUUUGGUUGCUCUCAAAAGCAGUGAAAACCAGAAGGAGGAGAUCUUACAAAAGCUAAAACAAGAGCUGACCAUUUACACACAAAAAAACAAUGAGUUGAGCAGUGAGUUGGAUGCUCUCAAAAGCAUUGAAAACCAGAUGAAGGAGAAGCUAAAACAAGAGAUGAUCAUUUACAAAGACAGAGAGAGACACUUAAAAGAUGACAAAAUUAAACUACAGAGAGAAGUGGAACAGCUCAAGCAAAAUAAAAAACAGUAAUCUGACUGCAGCAAAAGUUGAAGAAGCAUUUCUACCUUUCAAAUUAUAAUCAGAAUGCAAUAUGAUCCAGAGAGAGGAAAAAGUACAAGUCAAAGAAAAAUGAGCUGCUUGAGAAAGAGAGACAACUGGAUAGAGGUAUAGAGGAAUUGUAUAAAAGAGAGAGAAAUCUGGAUGAACGACAGAAGCAGCUGGAGAUCAGAGAGAGAGAGAGACGUGAAACAGAGAAAUCCUGGAUCUAGUGAACAACACUGAAGGACUGGAAUCCUGGAUUCAUCACAACCUUCAUAAAAUAUGUUAAUUAUCCUUUUCUGUGAUUAUUGAUGAAGUUAUUAAUCAGUAUUUGGCAUCAUAGAUUGUUAGUCCAUUUAAUACAAUUAUUAUUUACCAUACACCAGUGAGCAAACAUCGAAAAUAAAUGUGUAUAAAUAACUUACUCUCCCUUAGUGAGAAUCUGGAAUGUGUAACUAGUUUUUUUUUAAUAUUCUCUCAGUGUCACUGUGACUGCUCAAGUUUGGCUGUUCAGGUUAUGGAGGUCAUUGGGACCUCUCAUCUACAUUACAGCAUGUGAUCAGAACAUAUAUGAUAUUUCUGUAUGUCAGAGAAUAACUUUAAAUAGUUUCAGUGAAAUUCUCCCCUCUUUUCUGAGAAACUGUACUCAUUGUCUGUGUGUGUAAAACUAAACACCUGAUAAGAUUCAGGGAGGAAUCAGCCAUCCUUGAACUAGUUUUUUGUGCAUGUAUGUGUUAGUAUCUGUCUGCGCAGGGCACCCGAGAAGUAAGCAUUCAUAUGGAGGUCUGUCAUCAGCCGAAUGACCCGUUACAUCUGAUCCCUGAUCGACUGUCACCUAAAUAAUCACCAGGAGAUCUGUUUUGAACCAGACAUCCUUGUGUGGAAAUUUUAUAAGUUUAUCUAUAUUUUAGCCAAUCAGAAUUCUUCAUGUCUAUGCGUUGACAUAAUUAGCAUCCUCUGUUAGAGUAGAAUCAGUGGUGUCUUGAUCAAGUACACUGAGCGGCCUACAAACUCCUUGAGAUUUCUGCUGAUGAAACUGCAAACUAUUUUCUUCAGUAAAUUUUUCUUCAAUUGACUUCAUCUCUGACUCCUGGUCUGCAUUCAUACCUGUUCUCUGGGUUUUAACUGUAAAUUUCCCCACACUCUUAAGGAAAACAGCUUGUAAAAAAAGCAGAACCCUUUUUGGUGCUAAAUACAGUAGAACCCAUUUUAUAGGGUUCUAUAAAGAACCUUGCUUUGAAAGUGCUAUUGUGACGUCCCAGUCUAUAUUGGGCGAGAGUGUUUGGUUGUGUGUGAUGUUUAGGUGCCAUGUGGA